AUGGUAACUGCCCUAGACACGUUAAUCUUGGCUAACCAACACUCGCCAAUUUUUUCCCAAGGGGAUGAUUCAAUCUUUGAGGAAGAGGUUGAAGAAAUUGACAACGAGAACCAUUAUCAAGCUGUAGGAGAUCUCUACAACGAGUUUUAUGGAACUCCAAUCUACGAUGUUUACCAUGAGGCAGAUCCGACCUUCCACCUUUGUGAUGGUGCUAAUCAGAUUUGCGAUGAGGGUGAUGACCAAAAUCCAAUCUUUGAUGUCUAUGAUGAAUAUGACAUCGAGUUCAUAGGAAUUCAAAGAAAGGAAGACGUAAAACUUGGAUACGUUAUCAACAACAUUGGUGAGGAGGACGAAGAUACAUAUGGGAAUAAAGAUACGAAUAUGGGUCAAGGGAAGCAAUAUGUAAAUUAUGCUUCAGGGAAGACUGAUUGGAUCGUAUUUUCAUCUUAUCAUGAAGACAUGGUGGAUCACAUGGCUAAAAGAAAUUACGGUAAUUUUUUUUUACCUUCCAAAACAUCAAUAUCAGCAGAGCAAUGGCCAACCGCCAGAUCGUAA